AACCAACCAGAAAAAGGUAUCAUUUGACUCAUCCACUAUCAAUGGCUUCCAUGGAAGGCACAUGAAGGAGGUGAAUUAAUUAUUUUCAUCUUCAAUUCGUCCCUACACUGAAGACGAACUGAACACUAAGGAGAUGGACUUUAGAACCUUGUCAUCCUCACCCAGUCAGAUACAGAACUUACCUUACAUUCACAAGGUUGGAGUUCCCCCAAAGCAAAACCUUUUGAAGGAGAUCACUACUACUGUCAAGGAAACAUUCUUUGCAGAUGAUCCCCUACGUGCUUUCAAGGAUCAACCCAGGUCUCGAAAGUUCGUCCUAGGGAUGCAAGCCAUAUUCCCCAUUCUUGAGUGGGGGAGAAGUUACAAUCUUGCUAAAUUUAGAGGAGAUCUUAUUGCUGGUCUCACCAUUGCAAGUCUCUGUAUUCCACAGGACAUUGGAUACUCAAAGCUAGCGAAUUUAGAUCCUCAGUACGGAUUGUAUUCCAGCUUUGUUCCCCCGCUGGUUUAUGCCUUCAUGGGUAGUUCAAGGGAUAUAGCAAUAGGACCAGUGGCCGUGGUGUCUCUCUUGUUGGGGACUCUACUUCAGAAUGAGAUUGAUCCCACAACAAAUGCAGUUGAGUAUCGGCGGCUUGCAUUUACUGCUACUUUUUUUGCUGGGAUCACCCAAGCUACCCUUGGGAUACUCAGAUUGGGUUUCUUGGUCGACUUCCUAUCUCACGCUGCUGUUGUUGGUUUUAUGGGUGGAGCGGCCAUAACAAUAGCUCUCCAGCAACUUAAAGGUUUUCUUGGCAUCAAAAGAUUCACAAAGAAAACUGAUAUUGUUUCUGUAAUGCACUCAGUUUUGGGCUCAGUCCACCAUGGGUGGAACUGGCAGACAAUCAUCAUUGGAGCAACCUUUUUGGCUUUCCUUCUAUUUGCUAAGUACAUUGGUAAGAAGAACAAGAAAUUUUUCUGGGUUCCUGCAAUCGCCCCACUGAUUUCUGUCAUUCUGUCCACAUUUUUUGUGUACAUUACCCAUGCAGAAAAGAAAGGCGUUCAAAUUGUUAAACAUAUAGAGAAAGGAAUUAAUCCACCGUCUGUCAAUGAAAUAUUUUUCACUGGUGAAUAUCUCCUUAAAGGAUUUAGGAUUGGACUUGUGGCUGGCAUGAUUGCAUUGACGGAAGCUGCUGCGAUUGGAAGAACAUUUGCUUCCAUGAAGGACUAUCAACUGAACGGAAACAAGGAAAUGGUGGCACUGGGAACGAUGAAUAUCGUUGGCUCAAUGACAUCCUGCUAUGUGGCGACAGGUUCCUUCUCUCGCUCGGCAGUAAAUUACAUGGCUGGUUGCCAAACUGCAGUGUCUAACAUUGUGAUGUCCUGCGUUGUAUUCCUGACGUUGGAGUUCAUCACUCCUCUUUUUGAGUACACCCCAAAUGCAAUCCUUUCUUCCAUCAUUAUAUCUGCAGUCAUCGGCCUAAUUGAUUGUGAUGCAGCAAUUUUGAUUUGGAAGACCGAUAAAUUUGAUUUUGUUGCUUGCAUGGGAGCCUUUUUUGGUGUGAUUUUCGCCUCUGUUGAAAUCGGUCUUUUAAUUGCGGUCUCAAUAUCCUUUGCCAAAAUCCUUUUACAAGUUACAAGGCCACGCACUGCCAGUCUUGGAAGGAUCCCCCGGACAAGUGUUUACAGGAACAUUCAACAGUAUCCAGAGGCAACUAAGGUUCCCGGUGUGUUGAUCAUUAGGGUUGAUUCUGUAAUCUACUUUUCCAACUCUAACUAUAUUAAGGAGAGGAUAUUGAGAUGGUUGACAGAUGAGGAAGAGCAACGAAAAGCAGCCUGCCAACCUAGGAUUAAGUUUUUGAUUGUUGAAAUGUCACCCGUUACUGACAUAGACACCAGCGGCAUCCACGCCUUUGAAGAUCUGUAUAAAAGCCUCCAAAAGAGAGAUGUUCAGCUUGUUCUGGCAAAUCCUGGGCCACUGGUGAUUGACAAGCUACACGCUUCUAAUUUUGCAACCUUGAUCGGUGAGGACAAGAUCUUUCUGACGGUAGCAGAUGCAGUUCUGACCUGUUCACCAAAGUUGGUUGAGGAGGUCUGACUUAUAAAACGGAAACUGCAGGAUGAUGACAUAAAAUGGUGAAUCCAGAUGCAGUAUGACAAAUCAAGAUGCAUAUAUAGACAAUUAGACAUAUCUAGUGUUAAAAUAGAAAGGGGACUUGGGUCCAGUUUAGUAGUGGUUGGUGGGAUUCUUUAUACAGUCGAUUAAAGCGGCGUCCGAUGAAUCCUAAUACAAAAAUAAAAAUAGAAAAAGGGUAAACUGACUAAUUGUGACACAAGGUUCUUGGUUUUAAGGUUACUUAUACGAGGUUAUCCUAUGAUUGUAACUUGUAAGAUCUUUCUUACAGAGAAAGGUUGAAUUUUGAGGGUGUAUUUUCCCAUUCAGCAUUAAAAAAUUCUCAGGAAAGCUGUUGUUUGUAACAAGAUGGUGUAAUGACUGAUAAUAAUAUCAAUGAAAGACCACCAAAUAUUUUCA